UGCUAUCCUAUAUCUAGACCGCACAGACCGAACGCCAUCCUAGCAUUAGAUCUCUAAGGCUCUUCUUUCCCCCUACAACAAGCCUCGCACUCCUCUCAAGACACCCUAGGAUGCGAUAUACGCUGCUGGUGCAAACUCUGAUCGCGUGUGCGCUUCUGUGGCACGCCACAGCGUGCCCAUUACACGUCCGCGACGAGGGCAGCACGCCCCUAGUCAAUCACAGGCGCUCAGCUCCCAUCGCAAGAUGCAACAAGACGGCCAUUGAGGAUGUCAGCAUCUUCAAUGGCUCGCACUUUGAGCCCGAGCAGACCGUCUGUCUGGAAGGCGGCUACAUUGUCCAGACUGGCGCGUGCGCCAACCGAACCGUGACGGUCAAUGGCACGGGCAAAUACCUCAUUCCGGGCCUUUUUGACAGCCACAUCCACCUCACUGAUGUGCAGUCGCUCGAGAACUUUACCUCGUACGGCGGCACCACGGCGAUGCACAUGAACUGCAAGAACUACACGCAGUGCGCCAUCAUGGCCAACCAGCCCGGUCUCGCCUCCUUUGUCUACGCCGGCCGCUCCGCUGUCGGCAACGGGAGCCUGCACGAGGCAAACGACCCGACCCGUCCCAAAGACACGCUGAUCUACCCCGAUACAAACGUGUCGCAGUUUGUCGCAUGGCAAUUUGGCAACGGCAGCGACUUCCACAAGAUCACGGCCGAAGUCAAUGGCCCUUCUGUGCAGCAGCAGAUCGACAUGGUCAAGACGGCCCACUGCCAGUACUUGAAGCAGACAAUGACGCAUGCCUCGGCUGUGACAGCGUACGAGCAGGCCGUCGAGUCUCUGACUGACGGCAUCCAGCAUGUCCCCGAUGAUGGCAUCCUCGACGAUGCCCUCAUCCAGACGAUCAAGCGCCAGGGCCAGUUUGUCACGCCCACACUCAACGUGUUCGAGUACGCAUACACAGACCCGGUCCUCCAGCAGUACUUUCACGUCGAGCCCAACAGCAACCGCAGCCUCUCCCAUGCACAGACUAAUGCCCAGCGGCUGUACCAAGCAGGGAUUCCCAUGAUCGCCGGCACGGACUCCGUUGGCUCGCUUGUCCAAAAUGGGACCACGAUCGAGGUUCCCUUUGGCCUGACGGUGCACUACGAGAUGCAGAACCUGGUCAACAUCGUCGGCAUGUCGCCCGCGGAAGCCAUCAACGCGGCCACCCGAGAGGCAGCGCGGUGGCAUCGCCUCAUGGAUCGGGGUACCAUUGAGGUGGGCAAGAAGGCCGAUCUAGUGCUCUUGAAAUCCAACCCUCUGGCAAACAUCUCCAACACGCUGGACAUCGAGAGCAUCUGGGCUGGAGGAAUGCAGGUUGUCCAUGUCACAAGAAAGGCGUAGAUACAUCUUGAGUCAUCCUGCCCUUUACUUCAAGAGAUGCAUAUACCGCGAAGCACGCCUCUUUUUGACUUGCCGUCUUCCAUACACCUCGUGUACAGUCUCUUGGCAAUGUUCAAUGAGCUAUAAACACUUUGAGGUCUUAGCAAUCCGUUAUUUCGAGCUAGAUCAUGCCACAAAUCACUACUGGACUGCCUCGACGUCGCGUUUCUUCACAUCGAGGAAGAAGUCGUACUGGCUCGAGAACCAAGACGACUUCACGUACCAUGACUCGGAGUCCAGCACCCCAUCGGAACCCCUGCCCUGCUUGUAUUUGUGCGGCGAGCCGGGGCCUCUGGGUGUGAUGGAAAAGUGGUAGGUCCAGAAGAGGUAGGGGAUGACUUUCGUCAUCUCCAUGAUGGAGAU